AUGGAAUUAGCAUUUCUAAAUACUCAUGACCAAGUAUCAGUCAUUGCAUUGGUACUUGGUAGUUUUAUUUUAAUAUUUGGUCUUUUAUCAUAUCUUAUAAGAGAAAAAAUAUAUAUAUCAGAGACACUCAUAGCUUUUAUAGUUGGCGUUAUAGUUGGGCCUUAUGUCUUAAACAUAAUUAACCCUGAAAGUUUGGGAAAUGUAGAUAUCCUUACCAAACAAUUUACUAGAAUUGUGAUAGCAGUACAGGUUAUGGCAGCAGGUGUUGUUUUACCAAAAGCAUACUUACGAACAGAAUUCAGAUCUGUAAUGAUUCUGCUUGUUCCUGUUAUGUCAUGGAUGUGGUUGGGUGCAUUAUUGAUUGCUUCAUCAGUAACACCAACUGAUCCUGUAUUGGCAAAUUCUAUUAUAAAGGGAAAAUAUGCUGAAAAAUAUGUUCCUGCUAAUGUCAGAGAUGCCAUAUCAGCUGAAAGGGGUUUUAUUGAUAAGGAAGUUUUCUUGGCUUUUACAAUUGUAUUGGCUUUCUUUGUUAUGGGAAUUGUUGGAAUUAUAAGUAGUGAUGAUUUAUUAGCAUCUUUUAUAACAGGAUGUUCUUUAAAUUGGGAGCAAGUUCAAGAAGUUAUUGAUGUGCUUUUUAAUAUGACAAUAUUUGUAUUUCUUGGAACUGUCAUGCCAUGGUCCUCCUAUAAUGAUGAGUAUUUAGGCUUAUCAUAUUGGCGUUUAAUUUUGAUGGCUAUUUUUAUACUUUUGUUUCGUAGACUUCCUAUUGUUAUGGCUUUAUUUAAAAUUAUGCCAACCAUAAAAACAACUCAAGAAGCUUUAUUUACUGGUUGGUUUGGUCCAAUGGGUGUUAGUGCAGUAUUUUAUGCUCAAGUUGCAAAAGAAACCUUUUCAAUUUAUAAUGAUGAACUUGAAAAUCCUGAUGGCCCUAAUACUCGUGUAAGAGAUUUGAUUGUACCAGAAAAAACACUAAAAAAAACUGAAAAAAUCAACGGUGAUGGUGAGAAGGGUGAAAAUCUUGAUAUUGUUGUUAUUAACGGUGAUGAAAAUCCGAUUACCUCACAACAAAAUAAUGACACUUUGAUGACUUUAGAAAAUCAAGAUCAAGAACUUAAUAUCAUAAAUGUAAACAAUAAUAAAAAAUAUGCCAUUUAUAAUGAUGAACAGGAUAAUCUUUUUAUCGAGGAUGAAAAUGGUGGUUCAAUGUAUGUUAUUCCAAAUAAUCCUCCAUCAGAAAUUGCAACCACAAUCACGACCAUGACCACGACUACUGUUGCUGCUGAUACACUACAACAUAUUGGUGAUGAUCCUCAUUCAAAUAACAAAUGA